UCUAUCGAGAAGGCAUGGCUAAGAGCAGUUGCUGGUACAUCACUGCUGAAACUUUGUUACAUCCAAAAGUAUUCUCACAUGAUGGGUGCGGAUAUGUUUGUAACCCUAUCUAAUUUGAUGAAGGAUGAAGCAGAUUGUGUCCGCGGCUACUUCGUCCGACGCCUCAAUAAAGGUAUCUCGAGGAAUAGAUUAACCAUAGAAUAUCUUUCCUUCUUCUCGAUAGUCGCUGUUCUAGAACCUACAAAUAUGGAAGAGGAAAAUGCUAUUAAAUUGUAUGUUUUCAUCACGUUUCCUAAAGAAUACAACCGAAAUCAAAUGCUAUCAGUGUAUUUGCCUUAUCAUCAACCGGAGUAUGCCAUUGCCUAUGCCGUCUGGCUUCUCUCACACCAAGAGAUACUAUCGACACAUUCUGACAUCCCAAACAUGGCCCUUCUCCAAGAGUGCUUAUGGUUUAUCAUGGAACCUUUCAUAGUCAAGAAGGAGAAUACUGACUUUGAGUUUAUUUAUUGCUUAUUCCAAGACAUAAAGGAAUCUAAUGAUGCGAUGUUUGAUAAGAGGCAAAAGAAGGGUGAGAUCGGUGAGGCUGAGCUGGUGGGACAAAGUAAGGUUUAUGCUCCGCACGAAUUGAUCGAAGACGAAAAAGAGCGUAACGGAAAGCUACCUACGCGAGAUCGAAAGCGGUUGAACAGCACCUCAAGUUUGGUUCUAUCAAAAAGAUCUACUCGAGAGGCUAAAAAUGCGUGCGUCCAAUAG